UACACUUUGAUAAUAAAACUUGGAUUGAUAAUGAGUAUUUUAAGAAAUUUUGAAUUUUUCACAAUAUUUGACGUCUUUCAAUAGUAUUAUUGAGUCUUAUUAAUUAUUGAUAAAAACAUUGAAACAUGGAUUCGUUUGAUAUAUUUAAAAAGUUGUCCGUCGGUGCAAAAUUCAAAAAACCAGAAAAAAGUAUACUUAAAUUAGAGAAUGAUAAAUCCAGUACUAGACAGAUAAAAAUCAAGACAGUCGGUGAUCGUGUUCCUGAAGCACUUUCCACAUUUGAUUUGAUGAAAAAGACAUAUUCAUUGAGUUCAGUGUUAUUAGAAAAUAUAAAAAAGUCUGGCUAUACUGUGCCAACGCCAAUUCAAACUCAAGCUAUACCUAUUAUGUUACAAAAAAGGCAAAUAUUUGCUAGUGCUCCUACUGGUUCUGGUAAAACAGCUGCAUUUUUGAUACCUAUAAUUCAUCAUUUAAGUAAACCAAUGAAUAAGGGAUUUAGAGCUUUAAUUGUGAGUCCUACGAGGGAGCUAGCAAAACAAACAUUAAGAGAAUGUACUAGAUUAUGUGAAGGAAUUGGAUUACGAGCACACACAUUUACUAAAAUAAAUAAAGAUAAAGAAAAGUUUAAUCCGAAAUUAAAUCAGAAAUUUGAUAUUCUGAUAGCAACACCUAAUCGACUCGUAUUUUUAUUACAACAAGAUCCACCAGCUGUUGAUCUUAAUAAUGUCGAGUGGUUAAUAAUAGAUGAAUCCGACAAGUUGUUUGAAACAGGUGUUCGAGGUUUCAGAGAUCAAUUAGCAACUAUUUAUAAAGCUUGUGGACCAAAUGCUUUACGUGCUAUGUUCAGUGCUACAUAUACAGUUGAAGUUGCUAAAUGGUCAAAAAAAAAUCUUGAUGGUCUGAUAGCAAUCACUGUUGGUAACAGAAACACUACUACUGCUACAGUUAAACAGGAAUUAAUUUUUGUUGGAAAUGAAGAAGGAAAAUUAAUUGCGAUGAGAGAUUUAGUGAAAAAAGGUCUAUCGCCUCCUGUUUUAAUAUUUUUACAAUCUAAAGAGCGCGCAAAAGAACUUUUUAGUGAACUUAUUUAUGAUGGUAUCAAUGUAGAUGUUAUUCAUGCUGAUAGAACGCAACAACAGAGAGAUAAUACUGUGAAAGCUUUUCGGGAAGGCAAAAUAUGGGUAUUAAUUUGUACUGAACUUAUGGGCCGUGGUAUUGAUUUCAAAGGUGUAAAUUUAGUUAUCAAUUAUGACUUUCCAUCUUCUGCCAUUUCAUAUAUUCAUAGGAUUGGUAGAACAGGACGAGCAGGACGCUCUGGUAAAGCUGUUACAUUUUUUACAAAUGAUGAUAAACCGAUGUUGAGGAGUAUUGCUACUGUUAUGAAAGAUUCAGGAUGUCCAGUACCAGACUAUAUGUUAGAAAUGAAACGAUUACAUAAGAAUACUAGAAGAAAAUUGGAAAAGCAAUCUACUUCUAGAGAUGAAAUUAGAUCAAAACCUCAUAGAUAUUAUAAACCAAAUACUGAUAAAACCAAGUCAACAUUAUUCAAGUCAAAAAAGGGACUAGUUGAAAAUCAAGAAAAAAGUAAAAAAGUAAAUGUAAUUAAAAAUUUAGUGUCAAUAAAUAAUGAUAAUUACUCUUCUAAACAAGAUGGAAAAAGAAAACUAAAUGGCUCAAAAGAACAUAAAGGUACAAAAAAAAUUAAAAAAAAUGCUGUAUAAUGUAUUCUUUUAAAU